AAUAACAAAAUAUUCGUUCAGAACGGUGGAAUUUUUAUUACCAAUGCGAGGCUGUAAUCACUUUAUUUUGAGUUAAUAUCGGAGUAAGUGAAAAAAGUGUAGACUCUAAAGAUGUCAAAAAUUUUAAAAUGUUGCAUUCUCGGCUGUAACGAGAAUUCACGCAAUGUUAUGGAAGAAGUCAGUUUUCAUCGAAUUCCCAAGGAUGUACCGACUCGAAAAAAGUGGACUGAUCUGAUUCGAUCGAAAACAAAUCAACCGAACGUCUUCGCAAUAAAUGCUUUAGUGUGUUCUAAGCACUUCGAACCUAAUCAGUUAGUGGAAAGAGUCAAUGGCAGUCGGCUUCUGAUCAAUUAUGCCAUUCCGUCCAUUUUUCCGAAUGAGCACCGAGAAUGGUUCAAGUCGGACGGAUCAGAUGAUGAUGAAUCUACUGAACCCCUGAAGAAUGUGUCAUCCACAAUGACCAUUGAACCGUCUGAUAGUAGUGCAGCGAAGGCGCAACUUCGGACGGUAGAUUGUUCAGCUACAAGAAAAAAUUCAGUGACAGUGUCUAUUAAACAGGAGGAUGAUUGUGAGGAACUACAGGCGACUGUAACCACCGAUUUUCAAAGAAGUUGCAGAUUUUGUUUAACGAUUCCGGGUGCUAAUAAAAUUGAAACAAGCGAACAUAUUGCAACCAUGUACACGAGCCUAACUGGUAUUGAGUUCCUUCCUGCCACCUUUGCUGUUCCUGAAACAAUCUGCACGACAUGCUCAUCGAAACUGCAAGAUGCGUUCGAAUUCCGCGAGCAUUUGAUCAAAAUGAACGCCCACUGGGAGACAGCGGUAAAGACUGAAGAUACCAAAGAUGCGAUCGUAAUACAAAUGGAACCACGGACUGUUCAUCUGGAAGCGGAGGUUCUCAUUCUAGAUGAAAGUGAUCAAAGUCUCGACAAUACUGAAGUAGUCGAGGAGUUUGUGGAAUUUGGUGACUCUGAAGAUUUGGAGAAUGGUGACGACCAUGUGGAUGAAGAAAAGCAAACUGCUGAAUCUGAUGAAGACGAUCGUUUCAUUGCGGAUGCUGCGAAUUUUAUAAAAACCGUUAAACAGGUGACACGCUCUGAAAUGAAGAGAGUUCAGGCAGGAAGACCGGCCGGAGGAAUAGUGCUAACGGCGAAAAAAGCUAAAAUAUUAGCCGCUGAUACAGAACGGCUAAAUUUUCGUUCAUCAUCGUGUCCGCAUUCAUCGCAAAAAUUGAAAAAAGACAACAAAUGGUGGAGACUGAUGCAUGACUGCAACUAUUGUGAUGCUAAGGACUUUCUGACUGUUGAUGCGGUUAAAAAACACUUGAAGCUUCAUCAUGCCGAUCAGGUUAAAGUUACUUGUGAUAUUUGCAACAAGGACUACAGUGAGCUCAAAUAUCUGAGAAAACACAUGAAGUACGUCCAUCAGACACGGCAGAAUGAAUGCAAAAUUUGUAACAAAAAGUUUUACUACAACUAUAACCUCAAGAGUCACAUGCAGGUCCACAACAACGAAAAAACGGUCAUUUGCCAUCUCUGCGGCAAAUUCUUCACUCCGGCUGCUCUGCAUGGUCAUAUGAAAACGGGUGUCCAUGGUCCGGUUGAGAAGUCGGUCAAGGAACAAAAUUCAAAAAUCGCCCGAUACUAUUGUCACAUAUGCGUUCCGGCCAAACGAUUCCAUUUGUGCUCCGAGCUCACCGAACACAGACGAUUGCAGCACAACGAUUUCGAAUGUCCGAUAUGUAAAAAUUGGUUUUCUUGCGCCGAAUCAUUGGAAAAUCAUUUGAAGACGCACUCGAAUAAGGAACGAAAACAUUGCUGUACGCGCUGCCCUAGCACUUAUGUUCGUGCCUCUCAUCUGGAAGGUCAUAUGCGUCGAAAGCAUUCCUCUGAUCCGAAACCAAUCUCUUGCGAUCUGUGCGAUUAUAAAUGUGUGGAACAGUACGAACUGUAUGGCCACAAAAAACACGCACACUCCAAAUCAAAACCCUAUAAAUGCAACCUAUGCGACAAAUCGUUUUCAAAGGACCAAGCCCAAAAGGAUCAUUUGCUGACGACCCAUGGCAUCGGGGAAUACCGCUACUCUUGCUCGGAAUGUCCGAAACGUUUUACGAAUUCAGCUGGUCUCAUUCAUCAUCGGGGUAUCCAUCAUCGAGGAGUGGCAAAUAAGAUUUCGUAGAUGAUUUGUUUGACGAAUUCCUUCAAGAAAAUACAAUCGAAUUGAA